CUCCAUUUCAAUUACCCCCACUUUUGUAACGAGUGGAGAGCGAUGGAGAACGGCUCAGCGGCGAAGAAGAGAUGGGGAUUUCAGGGGAACCCGGAGCUACAUGCGGCGUCGGAGAUAACCAUUAGAGGUGUUCUCACUAUGCUUCUGUCAAAGCUCAACCAAUCGGACACCAGACCCGUCAUCCCUCUCGGCCAUGGCGACCCUUCUGCUUUCCCCUGCUUCCGUACUUCUCCGAUUGCAGAAGACGCCAUCGCCGACGCCGUUCGUUCUGCCAAGUUCAACGGUUAUUCCUCUACCGUUGGUAUUGCCCCUGCUAGAAGUGCUGUAGCAAAAUACCUGUCACAAGAUCUUCCAGAUAAAUUAUCAGCGGACGAUGUAUUCCUGACAGUCGGUUGCACACAAGCUAUUCAAACCAUAAUAACCGUGCUUGCCGAUUCCAAAGCAAACAUUCUACUCCCAAAACCAGGGUUUCCAUAUUACGAAGCUGUUUGUCAAUCAUGUCAUUUGGAGGCCCGUCACUUUGACCUUCUUCCAGAUAAAGACUGGGAAGUCGAUCUUGACGCAGUUGAAGCUCUCGCAGACGAAAAUACAGUUGCCAUGGUUAUCAUUAACCCCGGAAACCCUUGCGGAAAUGUUUUCACUCACCAACACCUACAAAAGGUGGCGGAGACUGCAAGGAAGCUUGGGAUAUUAGUGAUUUCGGAUGAAGUUUAUGAUCAUCUUGCUUUUGGGAAAAAUCCUUUUGUUCCGAUGGGAGUUUUUGGAUCAAUUACACCUGUUGUUACACUUGGCUCCAUAUCCAAGAGGUGGAUUGUGCCAGGCUGGCGACUCGGAUGGCUUGUCAUCAAUGAUCCUAAUGGCAUCAUUAAAGAACACGGGAUUAUUGAAUCCAUUACCGGAUAUCUAAAUAUAUCCUGCGAUCCCCCAACGUUUAUUCAGGGUGCAGUUCCGGAUAUUCUUGGGAAAACGAAUGACGAUUUUUUUUCAAAAAUUGUAAAUAUAAUAAAAGAAUGUGCGAAUACUUGUUAUGAGGGGAUUCAAGAUGUCCAUGGUAUAAUUUGCCCAAGCAAGCCUGAAGGAUCUAUGUUUGUUAUGGUGAAAUUAGAUCCAUCGGUCUUCGAGGACAUUAAGGAUGAUAUGGAAUUUUGUGUCAAACUUGCUAAAGAAGAAUCGGUGUUAAUCCUUCCAGGUAUAACCGUAGGACUUAAGAAUUGGCUCCGGGUAACAUUUGCUAUCGAGCCAACAUAUCUUGAAGAUGGCAUUAAGAGGCUUAAAACCUUUUGCGAAAGACACUCCAAGAAAAAAUAAAGUGUGAAAUCUUUUCUAUUACUCAAGAAUUAAAGGAAAUUUGUAGAUCAUCAAUUGCUCGUUGAAUCCAACACUUUACGUGUAUUAAAUAGUUGAUUGAUUAGAUCUUGUGACAUGGGAUUUUAUGGUAUUUUAAUUUUCAUUUCCAUUAUUAUUA